UAUGUGGUGUGUGUGUGUGUGUGUGGUGUGUAUGUGGUGUGUGUGUAUGUGUGUGUGGUGUGUGUGUAUGUGGGCCAGUGGUCUGCCCUAGCAAGUUGUUGGCAUGCUGGGUUGUAGAUUACCUGUCUGCACCAUCUGUGUGGCCGUGUCCUGUUUGGAUCCGGGCCAGGACAUGUGGGGUAAUCCAGUUACAGGAUUAGGAGGGGUGAACAGACACCCGCGGCAAACCCUUCACACAGGGAGUGGGCAAAACCAGCAGCAUCCACCCGCACACCACUCAGCACUCAGCUUUGUCUUUAUAGUAUGUUCCGUGGCGACGUGGGUCACUAUGGAGACCGGGCUGUAGCUACACGAUGAGACGUCUUUACUGGAACCUUUAAAAGUAAACCCUGGAUUCUGUCUGCUUGCUGUUCGGAGUGGAGGAUCGCUGGUGUCAGGCACAGCCAGCCUGGAGUCUCUCAUUACACAGCUGAGUUGGAACUCUGAGGAAGGAGGAGGGAGAGGAGGAGGAAGAGGAGGCACGGAUAGGGUACCACUGGGUGGCUCAGCAGCAGCAUGGCGCAGGUGCCCUGCCUGCCUGCAGACCCGGCUCUUGGGUGCUGGCACAGGAAGUACUAUGAGGAUGAGGACGAGCUGCUUCCUCUGUACGUGCGCAACUUGAAGCCCAAGACCGAGGGCAGCCUCCGCCGCCGUCUGCUCUCCGCAAAGAUCCACCAGAAACAGGACACCUUGUGGACCCCCAAACCGCUGGCUGCACACCCCCUGCCCCGCCCGCACGACCUUCCGCCGAGCGCUGUGCCCACCCCCACCUCUCGGCCCAGCUGCACCCCCACGCACCCCUUUCAGGACACCACAGCUGUGUCUAACCUGGAUGAGGAGCGCAGAUGGACUGUGCACUACAGCGCCCCCUGGCUGCAACAGGAGACUGUGCUCCAGAAUGGCACCCAGCCCACCUGCGUGGAGGACCUGCGUGGCCAGACCAAGGUCCACCUGAAGCCCGUUCUCUCAGAAUGUGACCAGCUAAACUGGGAUAGGUUCCACAGCUCAUGGUACCGCCCCCCAGACUCCACCCUUUCCACUGCCGACCUCUUACACAGCACCUCACAAAGAGACCAUGUGGAAGACAAGAAGCCUAGUCUGCUAGGCUGUCUGACUCAGUCUUGCCUUACAGUGUGCUGUCAUUACAAUCCAUGGGAUAAGAAGCCCACAGGGUCCUCCACAGAGGAGCCUCCGGAGUUCUCCCCCAGACCACGGACACCACUGAAUGGAGACAGCGAUGAUCCCAUCUGGACAGACUGGAGCCAAACCCUGCCACUGCCCACUCCCGAGGAGAGGAUGAGACAGCAAGCACAAACUGUUCCCGCCCACAUCGUCCCCAUCAACAUCACAGGGGAGACGUUUGACCGGCAGGCCAGCAUUCGACACUCCUUGGUUACCAUGGAUACUGUGGGGAGUCGCCCAAAAGACAGGCGGAGGCUAGUGAUACCUGUCCCACAGGACAUCCCAGAGGAAGCAGUGAAGACAGGGCAGAGUGACCUCCCUGGACACUCAGCGUCCAGCUGCAGUGUGACCUCACCAACAUGUCACCCACAAACCAGUGACUCCAGCUGCUGCAGCGUGUCCUCACCAACAUGUCACCCACAAACCCGCGACUCCAGCUGCCAGACGGAGGAGGAAAGUAUGGAUGAAGCGGAGGAGAGGAUAGCGGCUCCACCUCUGCGUGGAAUACGAGCUCAGAGAGCGCAGGGCAUCUCAGCACAGCUGUCCAACAUGUCUGCCUCCUGGUCUGGCAACAUCUCCACCAGCACAGAACACAGUGCUGAGCCACAUUUCCGCAGCCUGCCUCGCCUCUCUGCCUGCCACACAAGCGCCAUCCACUGCCUGGAGGACCUCCCUGCUGGCAUGUUCCGUGGCCAGAGCCAGCUGGCUGGGAAUGGGCGGGGCUGUCCUAAUGCCCCACCUUCUGCCCCGCCCAUCCCAAACCCCCUGCCCCCCGAGUCCCAGCCCACACCCCCUUACCCGACAGACGAAGCUCUGAUCACCCCUCCACCCUACCACAGCCCCUGCCAGGUGGGAAUCACCCGCAGUGUGUCCAGCCAAUCGGACGCCAGCAGCAUCGUGACUGCAGACCAGUGGGAGUAUGACGGCCUACCCAGCAGCCCCCUCUCAUCCCGCUGCUCCAGUCCUGUGCAGCCGGCGGACUCUCGCUCGCUGUGCUCGAUGGGCAGCGAUGGUGGCUCCGCCCCCAUGGGGCUGCGGUCGCUCAGCUACAGCAGCAUUGCAAGCGACCCGCUGAAGCGUAGCGUGUACCAGUGUCGCCAGCACCGCAGCUAUGGCGACUGCAGCCAUGGCGACCGCGCCAGCCUGUACAGCAACCGCUCCCUGCGGCGCAGCAUCUCCCUGCGCAAGGCCAAGAAGCCGCCGCCUCCACCGGCCCGCUCCGACUCCCUGUGCAGACCCUCGCCCACCGCCAUGCCCAUCACCGACUCCCGGUGCAGACCCCCGCCCACUGCCACGCCCAUCACCGACUCCCUGUGCAGACCCAUGCCCACUGCCACGCCCAUCACCGAUUCCCUGUGCAGACCCCCGGCCACCGCCAUGCCCAUCAACGACUCCCUGUGCAGACCCAUGCCCACUGCCACGCCCAUCACCGACUCCCUGUGCAGACCCAUGCCCACCGCCACGCCCAUCACCGACUCCCUGUGCAGACCCCCGCCCACCGCCACGCCCAUCACCGAGUCCUCAUGCAGAGCCCCGCCCACUGCCACGCCCAUUACCGACUCCCUGUGCAGACCCCUGUCCACCGCCACGCCCAUCAUCGAGUCCUCAUGCAGAGCCCCGCCCACUGCCACGCCCAUCACCGACUCCCUGUGCAGACCCCCUGUGCAGACCACCGCCAUCACCAGCAUGCGUGGCAUCCAUGCCUCCUACGAGGACCCUUGGGUACUACGCAAGUGUAGCCAGUCUUCAACCUCUGGCUGUGGCUCACCUGCCCCUGCCCCACCCUCACAGAGCCCCGCCCCUGCCAUGCCCCCAUGCAGCCCCACCCCUACCACACCCUCACAGAGCCCCGCCCCUGCCAUGCCCCCACGCAGCCCCACCCCUACCACUCCCUCACAGAGCCCCAGCAGCAGUCUGCAAUCUGAGUCUUGGUGCUCCACAGAAUCUCUGGCAGUGAUUGCUGUGGCUACCACGGCCUCCAAUGGUGCGCUGGCCUCCUCUCUCUCCAUUGGCUGCUCCACCCAGCAGGAGCCCAUCGCCCCCGCCCAGGACAGGGCCAAGCCCUCAGUGCCUGAGAGGAGGUCUUCCCUGCCUCUACCACCCUCACCCCCACCCCUUCCCUCCUGCACCUCCAACACACCUCCACCCCCACCCCUUCCCUCCUGCACCUCCAACACACCUCCUCCACCCCCACCCCUUCCCUCCUGCACCUCCAACACACCUCCUCCACCCCCACCCCUUCCCUCCUGCACCUCCAACACACCUCCUCCACCCCCACCCCUCCACUACCCCACCCUCCCUCCUACACCUCCAACUCACCACCCCAACCCCACCCCCCCUCUGAAGGCCCUGGAAGAGCCCUGUGAUGCAGAUAAGAGCAUGUGCAGGCAGAGACCCAUCCCACCCCAGCUUGCCACAGCCCGAAUGAAACAGUGGAGCCAUAUGGAGCAGCAGGCCCUGGGGGACAGCUCCAUGCAGAAGGCCCUGGGGGAGAGCUCCAUGCAGCAGGCCCUGGGGGAGAGCCCCAUGCAGCAGGUCCUGGGGGAGAGCCCCAUGCAGCAGGCCCUGGGGGAGAGCCCCAUGCAGCAGGCCCUGGGGGACAGCUCCAUGCAGCAGGCCCUGGGGGACAGCUCCAUGCAGCAGGCCCUGGGGGAGAGCCCCAUGCAGCAGGCCCUGGGGGACAGCUCCAUGCAGCAGGCCCUGGGGGACAGCUCCAUGCAGCAGGCCCUGGGGGAGAGCCCCAUGCAGCAGGCCCUGGGGGACAGCUCCAUGCAGCAGGCCCUGGGGGACAGCUCCAUGCAGCAGGCCCUGGGGGAGAGCCCCAUGCAGCAGACCCUGGGGGAGAGCCCCAUGCAGCAGGCCCUGGGGGAGAGCCCCAUGCAGCAGGCCCUGGGGGAGAGCCCCAUGCAGUGGGGACGUAUGGAGGAGGACAGUGAGUCCAGCAGCUCCACUCCACUGGGCUGCAGUAGGGAGUCACUCCUCAGCGAGCUCUCCACUGGAGUCCUGGAGGAGCUCCAGUUCCCUGACCUUGCCAUCCAGGAGCAAGAGCUUCCCCCAAAUCUCAGCAGCACUGAAGCAGCCAGAGACGCAGACGUACACAGCAGUGCUACUGGGUCUGUCAGCCCCAACGAGGAAAGGAAUGCUGAUGUGUUUGAAGAGAUGCUGGAGGAGCUUCUUACCCCCAUGCCCCCUUGUACCACUCAGGAACUCUUUGUCGCCAUUCACAGGUCCAAGAGGAAAGUUCUAGGCCGGAGAAAGUCUGAGGAGGAGCAGGUAUGUGGCCAGCCCCCCUCCCUCCCUGCUGCACCCACGGGCCCCUCGCUUCGCAGCCUGCGCAGAUGCACGUCCAGCUGCGCCGGCUUCAAGGUGCUGCUGCUACAGAAGGGCAGUCGCGCAGGCUCCGCCCCCCGUAUGUCUGCUGCAGAGAUGCUCCGCAGCUCCGCCCCCCGGUUCCAGCUCGCCCAACCCCAGCCUGCUCUGGCCCCACUGGACCGCUGGCCCCCCACACCGCCCCCUGCUGCCCAGAGGAAGUACAGCAGCCGCUGCUGCCUCAUCCACCAGCACAACAUCCAGCUGAGCCAGAUCCCAGAGUGUAGUACUCUGGAGGACACAUUCCCCCUCUGGAGACACGCCCAUUCUCCCAUCUCAUCUUCUGCUCCCUCUCCCUGCCCACUCCCCCAUGGUGGGGGGAUGGAAAUUGGGGUGCUGGUCUCACUCAUGUCCCAGGGGACCCAGGCUCGGGACUGGCGCACCGGAUUCUGUGAAUUUAUCUGAAUCUGCAUUAUUUUCUGCCAUUGUUUUCUAUCAUUUUAUUGGAUAUAUUCCUGAAGGUUUAAGCAAACCUGUGUUAGGUGCUUUAGUGUUGACUAAAAUCAUUUGUCUUUUCUGUUUCCCCAAUUUGCAAAGUAACACCACAAAACGCUCUAUUUAUAUUUUGGAUGUUGAAAGGGGUUUAAUUAAAAGCAAUAUGUGAGUCACCUAUUAAUGAGAACUUGAGUUGAUAAAGCAAGGGCUAUUACCACUAUUGCAGUAACAGUAACACAGCAUCUGCCCUAUAGAAACACAGCCUUUGCCCUAUAGAAAUACAGCCUCUGUCCUUUUGAAACACAGUCUGUGCCCUAUGGAAAUACAGCCUCUGUCCUUUUGAAACAGCCUCUGUCCUAUAGAAACACAGCCUCAGUCCUAUACAGCUGCAGUUGUUUCUGUUAAUUCACUGAUCCUGCCUGAUCCAUGGCUUCCACUUUGUUCCCCUCACUUUAGCUUUAGUAAAGAAGAUAUUCUCCAACAGCAUUUUCCAUUACUUAAAUUAUAUGAAUUAUCUUCUUAUUUGAGUGGAUGUUAUGAAGUAUCACAUAAGAGCAAUAGUGAACCACACUGUGCAAUAGUGAAUUACUUUGCAUUAGUGAGCUAGGGUGUGCAGAUGUGAAGUGCACUAUGCAAUAGUGAAUUAUAUUACUCAAUAUUAUAUUAUUCAAUAUUGAAUGUAUUUUCACAUCUCCAAAACUAUUGAUUUAACCGAACUCUAUGUAAUUAAGUUAUGUCUAUAUGCAAAUUUAGCAUGUCAUUUUAAUAAGACUUGUAAGACUUGAUGUUUUUAUUGAUAGUUAUAGAUGCCCAUGUUGUCAAUAGGAAAUCAUUUAUUUCAGAGAUUCAAGAUAAGGUAGAUGCUCUGAGAAUCUUUUAAUGUAUUGACAAGGUUUUUGUGGGGUAUUCUCAGACAGACUUGUAUUAAGAGCCUGUUGUAGGUGUUUUUUAAGAUGCCUGACUUGUUGACUAGUCCCUCCACCCGAUGGGCUGGACAGCAGUGCUCCUAUCGGUCACUCUAGAGGUUAAUUCAUAAAGAAGCCAUUUUCUCAACUGAAAUGGAACUGAAAUUGAAAGAAUAAAAAAACACAAUUAUAAGAAUAAAAA